GAUGACAUGAUUGGAAAGAAAAAAAUAAGCUGGGUUGCUGACACAACAUGGAACAACCAUUCACUGUGAGUUCCUUGAAAAAGCUAGCAGCUAUUCCUGACCACACAGAUAUUUCCUUGAGCCCAGAAGAGCGUGUCCGUGCCUUAAGCAAGCUUGGCUGUAACAUCACAAUCAAUGAAGACAUUACACCACGACGCUACUUUAGAUCUGGAGUGGAGAUGGAGCGUAUGGCUUCUGUCUAUCUACAAGAAGGAAAUCUUGAAAAUGCCUUUGUUCUCUAUAAUAAGUUUAUAACUUUGUUUGUAGAAAAGCUGCCAUGUCAUCGAGACUACCAGCAAUGUGCAGUUCCAGAGAAGCAGGAUAUUAUGAAGAAACUAAAGGAUAUAGCAUUUCCAAGGACUGAUGAAUUAAAGAAGGAGUUGUUAAAGAAAUACAAUGCAGAAUACCAGGAAUAUAUGCAAGACAAGAACAAAUGCAGAGCUGAGUUACUGAAGAAAAUAGAGCAACAGAAAUUAAUUGAAGCAGAAAAGAAGCGGAUUGCACAGAUCCGUCAGCAGCAACUGGAAACAGAACAGUUUCAGUUCUUUGAAGAUCAAUUAAAAAAACAAGAAUUAGCUCGUGGUCAGAAAAUUAAGGGUAAUUCAGUUACAUCAGAGUCGAGAGAUGGGAGCAUGCUGUCAUCCUGCAUUUCAGCACACCUGAACAAUACUUUCCCCAAAACAGUAGCAAACAAGAGCGAUGCUUCUGCUAGUCAGUCUCCUCCAAUCAGUCGGGCCUUAAAGCCAGCUGCUACCUUAAGUGCCGUUCAGAACAAUGCUGCUGAAGGACUGCGAAAUGUGGUUCUGCCCAGUGAUCUUUGUCACAAUUUUUUGCUGCUCGCAGACGCAAAUACAGCAAGAGGAAUAGAGACGUGUGGCAUUCUCUGUGGAAAACUGACUCAUAAUGAAUUCACUAUUACUCAUGUAAUCGUACCCAAACAGUCUGCAGGACCAGACUACUGUGACAUGGAGAACGUGGAAGAGCUAUUUGGUGUUCAAGACCAACAUGAUCUUCUCACACUGGGAUGGAUCCAUUCCCAUCCAACCCAGACUGCAUUCUUAUCCAGUGUUGAUCUUCAUACGCAUUGUUCUUACCAGCUGAUGCUGCCAGAGGCCAUUGCAAUUGUUUGUUCACCAAAACAUAACGAGAUGGGAAUCUUCAGACUUACUAAUGCUGGCAUGUUGGAAGUUUCUGCUUGUAAAAAGAAGGGCUUUCACCCUCAUACCAAGGAUCCUAGGCUAUUUAAUAUCUGCAAGCAUGUCAUUGGAAAAGAGAUAAAAAUAACUGUACUGGAUCUGAGGUGAUACAGAUAGAAGAACGCAUUCGGUAAAAUAUAACGCCAAAGGAGAACAAGGCUGCCAUGUUUUCCUAGUGUUUUCCAAGUUACUGACCUUUUAUAUUUGUAUGUUUUAAAUUUAACGGUUUGAUAUUUAUUGCCCUUUUCCCAUUUUGAAGUUAUUUUGUUGUACAGUCAAAAUGAAGUUCACAGUGGCAUUCAAUCCGGGUAUGUUAUUUUAUUGGAAUAAUAUGACAAUAAAGUGAACUUGACACAA